CGAUUUGUUAAUGAGCGCCGGGACAGUCGGCGACGAUUGAAUGAAAACUGCGCGGACAAAUUUAGUCGCGGCUCGGCUAGAUCCUGAAUCGGCGGCUGCUCGCGGGAUUAUCCUGUUCGUUAUUCGGCUACAUAAACCGGAAGUAAUCGCGUGCUCGGAAUAUAUCCGGCAGAAAUUUUGAAAUUUCGGGACUUGCCCUUGUCACGUGAAGCGUCGCGACCGAUUUACGGACAGUGUAAAUCGCAUUGAGACACUGCGAUCGAAUAACUUUGAUUUUUAAUCUUAAUAUUUAAUCUUAAUAUUAUCGAGAGAGUAGCGUGGCCUGAAAUUACGACGACAAAUCAAUCUGUCAAGAUGUUUUUCGAAAAUGACAAUGUUCAAGCAACGCGCAACACAGGAUAUUAGUGAAUGAAUUUAAGAAAUCGCGUGACGGAUAUUUAAUAACAUAUUCUAAAUCAGGAGAAAAAUAUAUACUAGCUGAGAAUAAUGCGACAAAAAGCUUGAUUUUUUUCUGUGCUAGAAUUUUCGUAACGAAACGAUUCAAUAGUUUAAUAUAAGAAUUAAAAAUUUGAAUUACGAGACGCACAAAUUCCUGCAUAAAACAUACAUCAAGUGCUCUACAUGCUAUUUCAUCGCGUUUAAGUGCAAUUAUUAUUUACGGAUAAAUUUUAUUAGAAAAAAAAAAACAACUGUAAAGAGUAAGGAUGGUGCUGGUGGUGGGCGGGGUGGUCCUGCAGGAAGAGAUUCCCGUGGACAGCAGGUCCUUGUACGCGACGCAUCCGAUAUACCGCGAGAGCGCGGCUCAGCUACACUCGAUACCGGCGAAACUCGUGGGCCCGGCGGGUCUUCUCUACGUUCAACAACGAGAAAUGGCUGCGACUUUGCCACAUGACAAGAACGUGAGCAUCCUCGGUUCGGACGACAUGACCACAUGCAUAAUCGUUAUCGUCAGGCAUUCUGGCUCGGGCGCCACCGCAUUAGCGCAUCUGGACGGAUCUGGAACGGAAGAUGCUGCGGCCGCAAUGAUCCAGAGGGUAACGGAACUUGCCGGCGAAUUUAUCGGAGGUCGCCUAGAAUUGCAACUGGUCGGCGGCUACUCCGACCCGAGAAAUUACUCCGAGGAAUUAUUCUACAAUAUACUUUCCGCGUUUCACAAGCAACCGGUGGAGAUCGACCUAACUCUAUGCUGCGUGGGCGAGCUGAAUACCACCGUGAGAGGUGGGAUUCAUUGGCCGUUGAUCUACGGUAUCGGGCUGAACAUAAAGACGGGCGAGAUCUUUCCCGCGACUUUCCCCGACAAAGGCCCAGAUCAGGCACUGAGGAGCGCCAGACAAUUGACCGGGGGUCAACAGGUUCUGGAUAUAUACGAUUGCAAUCUGGGAUUACUUAGAAUCGGUCCGUUUAAUUACGAUCCUCUGCGUGGCGUGGAUCUCUGGCUGGCGCAAUCCGAUCAGUUCAUCUUGCAGCAUCUGUCUACGUCACCGGAAGUGGAGCAACCACAUUUCGUGCAGCAGGUGCGGGCAACGCUCAAGUACAUCCAGGAUAAUCAAUUUCCAGCCGUCACGGUCUUUCGUGAUAAUAGACCGCACUAUUAUGGUCGGGACGAAACUUCCGGUUUAUGGCAGCCAGUGCGAUACUAAAGCUUCUAUAAACCGCAGAUUAGGUUAGGGCUUGCCUAAUGGUUGUUCGCAAAAUUUUCAAGCGAUAUGAAGUAUAAUAUUAAAUCACGGAUUGACAAAAGAUAUGGAGCAGGACGAUUAAUUAGGAAUUUAAAUCAAUUAAUCGAAUUUGGUACUGCAUCUUUUGAAAAUCGCGAUGUCUUCGAGACGUUUAAGCUCUAAUGAGUCCAUUUGAAAAAGAUCGACUCGCAUUUACGAUUGGCGAGCAAAUAGCGGAAGUCGGCGUGCAAUAAUUGCAACCUUCGUCGGGUGGCAAUUAUCUGUGAUCGACGAGAAAAGGAUGUUUGGGAUGAUCGGGAGGAAGCCGUGGUAUCGAGUAUUGAUUGGAAGUGGUCGUAAUCAAAAUGCUGGUUGAUGCCUUAAGGCCUGCUCACACUGGAAGACGUCUCGCGAGUAUUGAAGCCGAGAUGCGGAUUAAUAUUUGAAUAUGCAUUAUCGAAUGCGAUUUGUAAUAUUUACAAAUAAAAUAAAAUAA